AUGACCCACGGCCAAUACAACUUCACCAAUACGAAGCCAUCGGAGUCGAAUCCUCGUCUACCAGAGCUCCUCACAUCCAUAGACAAACUAAGAGGUGCAGAUAGAGAGGAUGCCUUACAUCGCGCUCUUGGAGUUGACACUAGGCAGCUCAAGAACGAUUUAUUAGGACCUCAAGAGUUGGACGAAGACACCAGGGUGCUGAGACAACUCGCAGAAGCCGUAGAAGCUGCUGUACGAGGAGGAAAGGAAGGAGUGCUGGGUCUCGACUGGGAUGAGUGA